CAACGGUUUGAUUGUCCGGAAUCGUCCUUCUCACAGGCUGUCUCGCUGCUGGACGGAAAUUGGCAGCACCCCCUUUGCCUCCUUCUUCUUCUUCCUCUUCCUCUCCUUGAUAUGCUUUUCUUUCUAGCUUUCACUCUUUGUUUCUGAAAGGGGGUGGUGGUUUUUGAGGUGGUGGAACCAGGUGAAAGGAAGAGAGCAAGAGAUGGACGUGGGAGAGAGUGAGGGGAAGGGAUGAGAA